GAAGAAGAAGCAGAAAGAAGGUCCAUAGCUGUGCCAGUAGUUCCCAAGGAUCUGCAUCUACAUCUACGCCGAUGGUUGUCGAGAAGAGAGCCCACGGGGCGUCCCAUGCGAGUCCGAAGGCCCCAGGCCACAAGAAUCCGAGGCACGGGCACGAGGAGCACCAUGUCAUGAAUAAGCGUCCGCACCACACUGCUCAGCACAAACAUCAUGAGCGGGGCCUGUCACCGGAAUCUAAUGCAAUGCAUUUAGGUCCAGGGAGCCCUAUCAAAGCGGAGCUGGAUAAGAUAACAAGUGCGCCCUUCAGCGCACUUAGUGGUCUGUGGUCGCCACACAGCCCGGAUGCAGGGGCGUCCUCACAACAGUGGCGAGCUUUCUCACCCCAUCGGACAGCUUCCUCACAUCAGCGGCUAGCUUCCCCAACGUCACCGCACGACGCACUGUCGCACAAGGGAUUAAGGUCGACACCACACCAUCACCAAGAAGGACGCCGUCUCGGUUGGAAAGGGGUCGUCAUUGCGGCCGCCAUCGUCGCGAUAGCUGGUGCAGCUGUCGUCUCACUGUGGUUUCGGUGGCGAGGGCCAAUGAGACCAACUGCGAUGGCCCUGGCAUCUUCGUCAGAAUGCAGAACACCCUUUUGCGAGAAGUAUGUCUGGCUCCUCACCUACGCAGUAAACAUAAGUGCGGAUCCGUGCCAGGAUUUCUACCAACACGUUUGCGGCCUCUGGGAGAGCAGGCACCGUAAAACUCGGUCGGUCAUGCAGGACGAGUGGGACACCUUCAAGCAGCUCGUCGUUUCAAAGAUGGAGAAUGCUCAGGUGUCAGAAGAAAAUCUAGAUGCCGGAGACAAGGCUAGUCUCUACCUGAAGGCAUGUUUGAAGGUAUACUUCGAAAGCAACAUUCCCAAUGUCAAACGCGUCCUGGCGAGAGGAGGCAUCGUUUGGCCGGAAAAGAAUCAGAGACCGGACUUUCUCAACGCGUUGUUCUUCAUGUCACGCUACCUGUAUAUGCCAGUGCUGCUUCAUCUUUCGUUUGCCUCUUCAACGGACGGCAGGACGAUUUUGCUGCAUUGGACGGUGCGCGAUGACUACCUAAAAAAUAUGAACUUAUUUCUAACCAUCGGGAAGACGAACCACAUCCGCGAGCAUCUGCGAGUCACGUACAAAGGUUUCGGCGGGUCACCCGACGAGACGCGGUUCGCAGAAAUUAUGCAUCACAUCGGUUACUUUCUUGACUUUCUGAAAGAAAAUGCAAACCCGGCGAAGACACCGGUCACGUUCAACGAUAGUGAGAAAUUUCUGCCGUACGCGCCCUCUGUGACAAGGGAAAGGUGGGACUCGGCUUUCCAGCAGUACGUCAGCGGCUCUAUUCGGUCCUACAGUGGUGUAACCGUAGAUAGUGUCCCCUACUUUAGAGCGGUCUUUGAUCUGCACCAGACGUAUGGCGAAGACGUCAUGAACGACAUCGUGGAAGCAAUAUGUGUUCAGAAUCUUGUAGCCUUCACAAGCGUAGACAUGCUGAUUAGCUUCUACGGUGGACAAAGAGACCGGGCGCACGAAUCGGUCAGAGAAGGCUGCUUUCAACACUUAUACCUAAUAUUCGGCUUUGCUGUCAACAAUCAGCUCAUGUCACAUGGUCUAGCACAAGCGCAGCAACAUGUCAGAGACUUCGGCGAAAACCUGCGGUCCACGUUCCAUAGCUCUCUCGGGGAGCUGCCAAGAAAUGUGAGCAUGCGAAACGAAUCUGCACCAAACCCCGAGGACGUAUUCGACGCAGUUUUUGAUUUCCUCAUUAGAUCCGUGCCUCUUGAAUAUCCUUGGCCGUACCGAAGCUACCCGAACGUAUCCGAUGAUCCUCUAGAAAACUUGGUGCGCUUUCAGGGCUUCUAUUCGAGGAUACCCGGGGGAAGUAAACCAUACUUCAUUACUUACCAGCCUGCGGACUACGUAAGGUUCAAGGAUUUUCGGAUGAUGCUGCACUACCUGAUGUUCCCCUUCUACACUGACACUAUGCAUGUAGGUGUACUCGCUGGAGGCCUGGGCUUGCGGCUUGCGGCGACGGUAUUCUACUCGGUCAUCGAUGAGGCUGAUCAAGCAGAAGCUAAGGAGAUAUACCGGCGAAAUCACGAAUGUUUGGGACUUAAAGAAAAAGAAGUCGACUUAGAUCUACAGGGAGCCACCGCGGCAGUACCCGUAACUCAGGAACUGUACUCGAAGAUGCGCAAGAAAACUCGCUACAACAAGCUCCUUGGCAGUAUCAUGAACUUCACGGAAGCGCAGGUUCCGUUUGUCGCUGGCUGCUAUCUUCUGUGCGGGGAGGAACGUGGACCUGCUCUGUGCAACAUACCGCUUAAGCAUAGUGCAGAAUUUUCAAAGGCCUUCCGCUGUUCUAAAGACGCGAAUAUGAACCCUAAAAAUAAGUGCUCAAUGGUGCCCCACUGAGAAUAUUGUGAAGUCGUUGUAUUUAAUGCACAUUAUUUGUUUCUUUGUGUGUUGUUUAAUUUUCAUAACAUUUACAUUUUUAGCGCACGAAAA